AUACUUGGUUCUGGUAGCGGUUGGCAGCCAAUUCCACUAACAGAAGUUAUAACUUCAGCUGCAGUAAAGAAAGCUUACAGGAAAGCCACUCUUUGUGUUCAUCCUGACAAAUUACAACAACGUGGUGCAAAUAUUCAGCAGAAGUACAUCUGCGAGAAGGUCUUCGAUCUUUUGAAGGAAGCUUGGAAUAAAUUCAAUUCAGAAGAGCGGUGAAAAUCAUGGUGAUUGAUGUUUACAGGAAUAUGUGGGACCCCUGUAUUAGAGACUCAAGGUCACAUAUUCGCCAAGAGGAAAAUGGUUGGUUGUGGACGCCUGUAUUGCAUGAGCCCAAGUCAAGUUUCCGAAAAUUUCCUACCCUCGAAAAAACCAUGUUAAGAGCAUUCAGCACGAGGAGAAGCCGGCACGGCGACUACGAAAGGUUACUCGCCGACGAGUCCAUUUAUGCUUCGGAGCUUGCAAUCUUGAAGAGGUCUAAAACCUUGCCUGCAGCUCCAGCACUCCGUUCCUCAAUAACUAAACUUCCAUCUCCAAAUGAUUCUCAAUCUCAUCAAGUUAUGAAGCCUGCUGCUACGAAGGCUAUCAAGACUCAUCCACUUAGUCUCCUUGAUGCUCGCCGGAAGAAGAAAACUACGGCCAAUCCGGAAUUUACAAGGUAUUUAGAGUAUGUGAAAGAGGGAGGAAUUUGGGAUGUCGAUUCAAAUACGCCUGUCAUUUAUUACAAAUGAGAAGCUUGUGUAUUUGCUAUUUAGAACUUAAUUAACUUCGCUUCGGGAUCAGUUA